AUGACACCAGUGCUGAUUCUCCUGGCCUUUCUUCUGCCACUUGGAGCUCAUGCAGAGGAGAUCAUUGGGGGCCAUGAGGUCAAGCCCCAUUCCCGCCCCUACAUGGCAUUUGUUAGGUUUUUUAAAGAAGAUGGAAAUAGGAGUCACUGCGGAGGCUUCCUGGUGCAUUACAACUAUGUGCUGACAGUUGCUCACUGCAGGGGAAGAUCAAUGAAAGUCACCCUGGGGGCCCACAACAUCACGACAUGGGAGCAGACCCAGCAGAUCAUCCAUGUGUCAAAAACCAUUCCCCACCCUGACUAUAAUUCUGAGAACAAGAUUAAUGACAUCCUGCUGUUAAAGCUGGAGGGAAAGGCCAAGAGGAGUAAAGCUGUGAAGCUCCUCAAGUUGACCAGGGCCAAGGCCCAGGUGAAGCCAGGAAAGAAAUGCCAUGUGGCUGGCUGGAGGAAAAUGUCCUUCAAUGCUACUAAAGAAUCUGACAUCCUAGAAGAGACUGAAUUGAUUGUUCAGGUGGACCAUCAAUGA